UGCUUGAAGUUUUCAUUGUGCUGCUCAGCGUUGAUCAUUGCAUGCUCACACAGAGGAAAGACUUUCUAUUUCCUUGGCUUGGCAUAGAAGAAGUUGGAGCGUAAGUCUAAAGACGAGGAGAAACGCAUCAUGGCGUGCGCCGCAGCUGCAGAAAAGCCACCGCUGUAUGUUUCGGACAAAGAAGGCUCCGACGAAAGCGGUGAUGGCACAGAAGCGAAGCCUUUCAAGACGACCUUGAAGGCUUUACUGCACGCUGACACUGAGCCUUUCCCAGAGGUCCUUGUCGAUGGCAAGACGGAAGGCGGUGAGCGCUGGGAAAAGAUCUCUCAAGCUCAGAUGAAGAAGCAGACCAAACUAUUUAACCAGCAAAAGAAGAAGAACAGUUCUCAGGCUGUCAGGGAGGCUGAAAAGGAAGAGCAGCGUCGGAAACGCCUGGAAGAGGCCAAGGCUAUCGUCAUUGAACAGGAUGCAUCGUUGCCAACGGCCGUCGAACUGAAGAUCCGCGACUUGGAGCCGCACCGUGGCAAGCGUGUCACAGUGCAUGGAUGGGUGCACCGCCUCAGAAGACAGGGAAACACUCUGAUGUUUGGUAUGCUCCGUGAUGGAACUGGCCAUCUUCAGUGCGUAUUCACCGACAAGCUGUGCCAAACGUACAACGCAGUCACGCUGUCGACAGAAAGCACGAUUGUCGUGUACGGCAGCCUGGAGCAGGUGCCUGAAGGGAAAUCUGCUCCCGGUGGUCAUGAGCUAAAGGUAGACUAUUGGGAACUGAUUGGAUCUGCUCCCGCCGGUGGGGUGGACACUAUCUUGAACGAGGAGGCUGGUGUAGAUAUUAUGCUUGACAACCGACAUAUGGUCUUGCGUGGUGACACGACAUCGAGCAUCCUCAAGGUUCGCUCUGUCGUCAUGCAAUGCUUCCGUUCGCAUUACUUUGACCGUGGAUACUUCGAGGUCAGCCCGCCCACACUUGUCCAGACGCAGGUAGAAGGCGGCGCCACGCUAUUCAAACUCAACUAUUUCGGCGAGGAGGCAUAUCUGACGCAAUCGUCACAACUGUACCUGGAAACUGUCUUGCCUGCCAUGGGCGAUGUCUUCUCCAUAGCCCAGUCCUAUCGUGCCGAGAAGGCGAGAACACGUCGCCACUUGUCAGAGUAUACUCAUAUCGAGGGUGAGUGCCCAUUCAUCAAAUUUGAAGACCUGCUGGACAGAAUUGAGGACCUGGUUGCUGAUGUAGCAAAGCGUGCCGUUGAGUCACCGUUUCGCAAGCUGAUCUUGGAUCUGAACCCUGACUUCAAGCCACCACAGAAACCAUUCAAGCGAAUGGACUACAAGGAUGCCAUCGAGUACUGCCGGGAGCAUGAUAUCCUCAAGGAGGACGGAACAAAGUUUGAAUUUGGCGAUGACAUUCCGGAAGCACCCGAAAGAAAGAUGACGGACAUGAUUGGCGAGCCCAUUCUUCUCUGCCGCUUCCCAGCCGAGAUCAAAUCGUUCUACAUGCCACGAUGCCCAGAGGACACGCGCGUCACCGAAUCAGUUGACCUGCUGAUGCCUGGAGUUGGAGAAAUUGUUGGCGGCUCCAUGAGAAUAUGGGACUUUGACGCUCUUCUGGAGGGCUACAAGCGGGAAGGUAUCGACCCAGAACCAUACUAUUGGUACACAGAUCAGCGCAAGUAUGGAUCGUGCCCGCAUGGCGGUUAUGGUCUUGGCCUGGAGCGUUUCCUCACAUGGAUGUUGAAUAGGCAUCACAUCCGCGACGUCUGCCUCUACCCGCGCUUCACGGAGAGAUGCAGGCCAUGAGUGCGUGCUGUUUGAACUGCUGAGUGGAGAGCUGCUCUCUGUACGAACUAUUGCUGAUCACAUUCCGGUGUAAGUGAAUAGUGUGUGGGAUGAUGAUGCAAUAUUGCGCAAUGACUUGUAUCUUCAUGCGAUGGACGAUGUACAUGUCUACUCUAGACCUGUGUAAUGAUUCCAUUCUGGGACGCUCCACUAUUCUUUUCUUUCUCUCUUUGCUACAGUAGUCGUGACCGCAUUGCUGAUAAUGGUAGCAGGUUUUUUUGCUGUUCAAACAUUUCCAAUUGUCAAAUUACCACCGCCCGCUAGUUAUGCUUUCUUUCUGUCUUCACUCAUUUUCAGCUUUUUCAGCAUGUGCCCCAUCUGAGAGAGCCUACUCAUGCCCCCCCCCCCCCCCUCACUUCCAUUUUCCAGAAAUUUCUCCGGUUGGAUUUAACUAAUAGUUUACUUCAUGCAUUCCUGUGGUACGACGCUUCUGGUUUCGUUCCUUUGGCCAAUAGUAGAGAGAUAGGGGGAGUAGAGAGAUAGGCGCUGAAGCACUGGGACUGAUUGUA